AUGGCCAGCAACCCGCAGCCGCAGCCGCCGCCGCCCCCGCCGCCGCCCCAGCCGCAGCCGCCGCCCCCGCCGCCCCCGCCGCCCCCGCCGCCGGGCCCGGGCGUGAGUGACGCGGGCGGCGCGGGCGUCGGAGCCGGGGACUCGCAGCUCGUGGCCAUGAUCGUGAACCACCUCAAGAGCCAGGGCCUCUUCGACCAGUUCCGCAGGGACUGCCUGGCCGACGUGGACACCAAGCCUGCUUAUCAGAAUCUGAGGCAGCGGGUUGACAACUUUGUGGCCAACCACUUAGCAACUCAUACCUGGAGUCCUCACCUCAACAAGAACCAGCUGAGGAACAACAUUCGACAGCAAGUGCUCAAAUCGGGCAUGUUGGAGUCUGGUAUUGACCGCAUUAUUUCUCAGGUUGUGGACCCAAAGAUCAACCACACUUUCCGGCCUCAGGUGGAAAAGGCUGUGCAUGAGUUCUUGGCCACACUGAACCACAAGGAGGAGGCCAGCAGCGCCACGAGCCCCGAGGAGGAGAAGGCCGACUCUGCUGGCCCGACCCAAGGUGCUCCUGUCUCGGGGCCCAGUGCCAAUGUAGCCAGUGACGCCAUGUCCAUCUUGGAGACCAUCACUUCCCUUAACCAAGAGGCCAGCGCUGCCAGAGCGUCCACAGAAAUCUCCAAUGCCAAGAGCAGUGAGCGAGUCUCCAGAAGGCUCUCCUCUCAGCCAAGCACCGAGAGCAAUGUCGACAGAGAGAGAGGCUCAGAGGAUGCGGCUGACAGGGAAAAGGCCCCGACGGAGCCUGUCGGGGAAGGCCAGGAAGUCACGCCCAAGUCCGAGGAAUCCAGUGAUCCACCUUGUCUUGCCGAAGAAUCGAAAGGCCAUGCCCGAGAGAGUAACCUCUCAGCUCCACUCCCUAAGGAUACCCAGCAGGAAAGUAGCGAGCCGAAGGGUAAAAUGGCAGACAAAGGCGAAAAGAAACCCGAGGCUAGCGAAAAGGAAAGGAAGAAAGAAAAGAAGGAAAAGACAGAGAAGAAGUUGGAGCACUCCAAAAGGAACGAAGACGGGCAAAAGGUCAAAGAUGAGAAACAAGCAAAGGAAAAGGAGGCAGAGGUUCCAAAGCUUCCUUCGGAAAAGAACAGUAAUAAAUCCAAAUCCACUGACGGGUCUAAAGAAGAUGGCUCUUUAAUAGAUUCUGACAUGGAUGGUCUCACAGACAUCACAGUCAGCUCUGUCCAUACCAGCGACCUUUCGUCAUUUGAAGAAGAUACCGAGGAGGAAGUGGUAAUGUCCGAGAGCAUGGAGGAAGGCGAGAUUACAUCAGAUGAUGAAGAGAAGAGCAAGAAGACUAAAACUCAGACUCAAUCCAGCAACCCCAGUGAGGGAAAGGCAAAAAGCGUCCGGCAUGCUUAUGUCCACAAGCCGUACCUGUACUCCAAGUAUUACAGCGAUUCUGAUGACGAGCUCACCGUGGAACAGCGACGUCAGUCCAUUGCCAAAGAAAAAGAAGAGAGACUUUUAAGGAGGCAAAUUAACAGAGAGAAACUUGAAGAAAAACGAAAACAGAAAGCAGAAAAAACAAAGUCUUCGAAAGUUAAAAGCCAAGGCAAAAGUAAUGUGGAUUUAGAGGACUCAUCUUCCAAGAAUUUGGAACCUAAAGCCCCUGGAAUAAAAGAAGUCCUUAAAGAGCGGAAAGUUUUAGAAAAGAAGGUAGCCUUGAGCAAGAAACGGAAAAAAGAUUCACGGAAUGUUGAAGAUAUUUCGAAAAAGAAACAGCAAUCUGAAGAAGAUGUCAAGGAAACGAUCAAGACAACUGAGCAUUGUGAAAAGGAAAAGGUGUCUUCUUCAAAGGAUUUGAAGCAUGUUCAUGCAAAACCUGAUCCAAAUAAACCUGCCCGGAGACUUUCAGAGUCCUUACAUUCAGCUGAUGAAAACAAAAAUGAAAGAGAGCAUAAGAGACGAACAUCUACCCCAGUUCUGGUAGAAACAGCCCAGGAAGAGACUGACACUAGAGAGGGGAAAAGGCAAGCAGAGAGCUCAGAAACUGGCCCAGAAGAAACUCAGAAACCAAAAAGCACAUUUAAAAAAGACGAAAAGCAUCUAAAGAAAGAUGAUUCCGAAACAUUGCAUUUGAAAAGCCUACCUAAAAAGGAGGCAAAAUCCUCUUCUAAGGAAAAGUCUGAGAAAGAGAAAACUCUGUCUGAGGACAAACCGUUUAUGAAACAUAAGUACAAAGGUGAUAGUCUGAACAAAGCAGGUGAUGAGGCUGAGCCUCACUCUUCUGAGAAAGGCCUAAAAGCGGAAGAAAGUUUGCAGAAGCAAAGUCAGCAAACAAAGCUUUCUUCUGAUGAUAAAGCCGAACGGAAGAGUAAACACAGAAACGAAAGGAAACUAUCAGUUUUAGGCAAAGAUGGAAAGCCAGUCUCUGAGUAUAUUAUAAAGGCGGAGGAGAAUGCUCGUAAAGAAAACAAGAAAGAGAGGCACACGUCAACUGACAAAACUAAGACCGAGCAUAAAUCGAGACGACUGAGUGAUUCCAAAAUUCAGAAAGAUUCUCAGAGUUUCCGGCAACAUGGCAUUACAGGACAGAGAAGAAGUGAGAGUUACUCAGAGGAUAAAUGUGACACGGACUCAAAUACUUUAGAUAGUAACUUAAAACCUGAAGAGGUGGUUCACAAGGAGAGGCGACGAACAAAGAGCUUGGUAGAAGAGAAACCUGGAUUAAAGUCGAAAUCCAAAAGUCAAGGCAAAUUGGUAAAAGUAGUUGAAACGGAAUCACAUGAAAGUGUCUCCAAACAAUCGACCACUGCAAAACCAGAUAAGGAGAAGAACACAGAAGAAAGUGAUCCAGAUAGACAGCGCAAGUCUAAAGUGGAGGACAAACUUGAGGAAGCGGGUGUGGAACCCGCUUUAGAGAGUCCUGCUUCUUCAUCUCAUAGUACUCAGAAGGAUUCCGGUCACCGAGCCAAAUUGCCCUUGGCAAAGGAGAAGCACAAGGGUGAGAAAGAUUCAAGCUCUUCCAGACCAGAGAGAAAACUGUCUGCUGGGCACAAAAGCAGAAGCCUAAAGCACAGCAGCAAAGACUUGAGAAAGAAAGAGGAAAAUAAGUCAGAUGACAAGGAUGGUAAAGAGGCUGACGGGAACCAUGAAAAGGCUAGGGGGAGUAGUGCAGUCACAGAAAAGAAAGUAAGUAGAAAGUUAAGUGAAAAUCGACGAGGAAGUUUGUCCCAGGAAAUUCCCAAAGGCGAAGAAAAACUCACAGGCAACACUCUGGGCACUUCUCAUCUUCAGAAACCAAAGAAAAGUGGUGAGACCACGUUGACCCCUGAACAAGAGCCGAUGGAAACGGAUUCUGAGCCGGCCACUGAAAAUGUAUGUGAAGUCUCUAAAACCCAAGACAGCAGCAAUAAUGCUUCUAAUCAAGACAUUGACUCUGAGUCUGUCACAAAACUGAAAACGGCUGCCACCACUGUAAAGGAAGAAGUGAAAACUUCCACCGUUGACGCGAAAACAGUCACUCCAGCCAGCAAAUCUAGACACGGAUCAGGUCUUGCUAGUAAUGCUGAAAAGCACGCUGACCAUAAAAGCUCUCAGACCAAGAAAGUGCAAAGCAAUGCAUCAAAACUGAACCCUGGUGAGAAAGAAGUCACUCAACCUGGGGCACAUGAAAUGAAUGCAGACCUUCCAACUGGUGCUAGAACGUUUCCUCAGCUCCCAGCAGGGAACAGUAGGGCGCAGAAGAAUUUGAAAAACGCAGUCAAACCCACUGAAGACUGUGCCGCUCCACGAGAAACUGCGCUAGAACAUUCCACGAAUGUAGAUCGCUCGCCACAUUUCAGUUCAGUGACUCUUGCCCAUCAGACACAAGCUCAUGAUGCAGAUGCUGUUUCUUCAAAUAACAAAAGAACCGUUUCAGAAGGUACCAGAGCCAGUAUUUCCCGUAUGAACUCCUCUGAAAUCUCUAACCGGAGUUUGGCUGGUAAGCAGUCUGAAGCCUCCAGGGCAAGUGACAGCAAAGAAAGCGGUGCAGUUCCCACAGAAGAGACACGAGCAAAAGCAGGCACAGACAGCAAAAGACACAAUGCAGAAGGGUGCCAGGCAACUUCACUGCUUAGUAAACAAGGAAAAGUAAACACAGCUCUUGAUAGUAAGUCAACAGCCUCAAUUCCGGGAAACGAGAAUGUUGACAAAGAUGGCAACUUAAUGGACAGGGCAGAGAAAACACGUGGCCUAAGCUCAGGUCUCAGUUCUAAGCAGACAGUGAGAGCUGCAGUCGAGAACGGCAGAAAGGAUGGUGGUGCCAUGGACCAUGUGGUGGGCAUGAGUGCAGAAAGAGAUACUGAAACUAUUGAACAUAAAGAUAGCAGAGACCCAUGUGAAGUAGAUAAAACACCGUCCAAGAUGGAAAGAAAUAGCGAGGUUGACACCAGUGCUGGAAAUGACACAACAUCCUCAGUUUCACCCCAAAGGAAUGGAGAAGCCAAGAAUAUUUCCCCUGGGUGUGGGGAGCCAGAAAAGUCUCCUAUAGCCACCAGCACUGAGAGGACAGCCAAGGAUGUCAUCUUAAACCCAGCAAGUGGUGGUGGGGAUGCCGCAACCACCACUUCUUCAGAAAAGGGGAAAGGCAAAGUGGCCAUUCCAUGCACAAGCAUUGAGGCAGAUGAAGGCAUGAUAGCAGGCAGGUGCUCCAUUCCUCCUCUUGGAGGGGCAGAGGCUAGUGGAGGAGGAACUGUUUUUGCUGCAGCCGAGGAAGGUGGGGGGUUUGUGACAGAAGGAUUUGCUGAAAGUGAGACCUUCCUCACAAGCACCAAGGAAGGAGAAAGUGGAGAGUGUCCCACGGCUGGAUCUGGUGACAGAGUAGAAGACCCAGUGACAGCUCACACGGUUAGAGAAGAAGAUAGCGUCAACAGCAUCAACAUUGUGACUGAAGAGAAGGAUGAUGCCGUAACCAGUGCAGGCUCUGAAGGAAAAUGCGACGCUGGCUCUUCUGGUAGAGACUCAGAACGGGUUAGAGGAGCGGCGGCUUUCAUUAGUGAGGUUGAGAGUGAUGGGGCGGUGACAAGUGCAGGGACGGAGAUAAGAGCGGGCUCCAUGAGCAGCGAAGAGAUGGAUGGCUUCCAGAGAACGGUGACGAGACUAGGCCCCAAGAAAGAAACUGAAGGGGCCGUGACAUGCACUGGGGCAGAAAGGAGAGGUGAUGACUUUGUGAUGUGUUCGGUGACUGGGGCAGGGCCACCAGAGGAGCUCAUGGUUACAGGUGCAGCCGUGGUCCUAGUGGAUGACAAUGUGCCUCCUGGAACAGGUGCUCCACAAGAACAAGAUGGCCCCGUGAAUGAUGGCACCGAAGGUGAAAGCGCGGUCACCAGUACAGGUAUCACAGAAGAAGAUGGUGAGGGGCCCGCGAGCUGCACAGGCUUAGAAGAAAACAGUGAAGGCUUUGCGCUAAGUUCUGAGUCUGAAGAAAAUGGCGAGAACGCCAUGGACAGCACAGCCGCCAAAGAAGGCUCAAAUGCACCGCUAGUCGCUGCUAGCCUGUGUGAUGACGAAGGCAUCGUCACCAGUACCGGUGCCAAAGAGGAAGAUGAUGAGGGUGAGGGUCUGGUGACGAGCACCGGAAGAGGCAACGAAGUUGGGCAUUCCUCGACUUGUACAGGCCUAGAGGAAGGUGAAGGGGCUAUGGUUUGCGAAAGCGCAGAAGAAGGGCCUGGUCAGAUUGGGACUGCUGCUGGGCACGUGGAAGCAGAGGCUGGAGCGGCCGUCGCACAUGCGAAUGAGAGCAAUGUGGAUAGCAUGGGUGGGGUAGAGAAGGAAAUGAAAGAUCCAGAGAUCUGCUCCAGCGCCAAAGGGAUUGUAGAAAGCAGUGUGACCAGUGAGGUCCUAGGGAAGGCUGAAGUGACCGGUGCUGCUGUCGGUUCCGAGGGUCCUGGGACGAGUACCACUUUAAAGGAAAGGGACAGCCUGCUCUCCAGAAGAGAAAAACUGGAGGAUGGUGCCAUUUCCACGGGCCUUGUGGGGGGCAGCUAUGAGGUCCUUGUCUCUGGUGCGGCCCCAGCCUGUGAAGUCGAUGGCACGUUACCCAGUGGAAAAGAAGCCGAAGGUGUCAUCACCUCAGUGGAAAAUGAAGAGUGUGGCGGCCUCUUGGCUACCACAGCACAUGACAAUGAUUCUGACCAAACGAAUUCAGCUGGGGCCAAAACAGAAGGCAAAGGCUUGAUCAUUUCCACCAGUGCGACAAACAGCUAUACCAUCCCGUCAAGCAAGACUGUUGAUGUGGCAGAAGGUCAUUCACGUGCUCUGCGAACUGAGCAAGAUAGGGAAAGCAGCAGAGGGAGCAUGGAAGAAUUUGAGGCCCCCAUGCCCAGUGCAGCGUCCAGAGUUGACAACCAGACCGUUGCUUUACAAAGCGAGGAGAAAGAUGAAUGCGCCAUGAUUUCCACCAGCAUAAGAGAAGAGUUUGAUGUACCUAUCUCCAGCGCCACGACCACCAAGUGUGCUGAGAGUCAGCAGCCUGGAGCCACAGCUGAAGCGCAAGUUGAAGGUCUUGCCUUGAGAAGCACCGAUGAUUUUGAGGUACCUAUGCCCAGUGCAUCCACAGCACCCAGAAGCCCUCUUGCCUCCACCAGCAAAGAAGAGAAAGACGAAUGUGCUCUUAUUUCUACCAGCAUUGCAGAGGAAUGUGAGGCCUCUAUCUUGGGUGAAAACAGGUGCUCUGCUGUCAUAGUGGAAGAAAAAGAUGGCAGUGCCAUCAUCUCGACCAGCUCUGUGGAGGACUGUGAGGGUCCCGUGUCCAGCGCUGCCCCCCAGGAGGACAUCCAGCCCUCAGUCACGCUGACUGAAGAGAUCAGUGAUGCCACCAUGAUUUCCACAAGCACGUCUGAAGGAUGCGAGGCUGUCAUGAUGGAAGCUGCCCCUCAGGACGAGGCCCAGCCCGCCUCGGUCCAGAGAGUGGAAGACUUGGGUGAUGCUGCCAUCAUCUCCACCAGCACAGCGGAGUCAGCUGAGUGCGGUGGGGUAACUGCCAGCAGUCUAGACAGGCACGAAGAUGGUCUGCCAGCUGCAGCCAGCCAAGAAGGCAGAGAUAAAGAUGGCCCGGCAGUGGCCAAAGUCAGCAGGGGUGAGGUCCCCAUGCCCAGCCAGAUGAAUGAGAACAGCUGUCAGCAGCACCCUGGGCCUUUCACAGAAGAAGUGGGCAGCGUAGGAGCCACAGAUCCCACGGAAGGCCAGGACAAGGAACUGGCCAACGUGCCCUCUGCAGGAGACCAGCCCGGCACCAAGGAAGAGAGGCAAGUUGGAGAACUGCAGAAUGCAAGCUUCUCACACCAGAGUCCAAAAGAACAGACAACCUCCUUGAGUCCUGUUCAAAGAGAACAAAACCCCUCUGGGCCAGGGAUGAAACGGGACAGUCCCUUAAGGGGCUCGGAGAACAGUGCCAACUCCUCCGUGGGUCCGAGAGGGAAGGAGCAAACGUCCCGGCCAGUACCUGGGGACUCCUCCAUCGGGGUUGGCUGUGCAGCAGCAGUCAAUUUCGGUGCUACAGAAGCUGGUGACCUACCACACAUCAGUGAUGCUACCUCAGAAAGGUCCUCACUUCCUCCAGACCAGCAGGGGUCUAGGGGCAGUGUGCAAACACCCGCUGAAUGUAUUAAUGGCCAGGAUUCAACCACGACCCCCUGCCACACCCUAGUCCCCCCAGCUGCCAACGACGCCGUGCCGUCAGCUGCUACAGGUGAGCAGGAUUUGACUGGAAAGAGUGAAAGCGGAGAUGGUGUGACCAAAUUACCACAGGAGGAAGGGGACCCCAAAAUCACCAUCUAUUCUGAAGCAAGUUUGGGUGACCCAGACAACGAAGAGUCUCCGUCGAAUGUUUUGGGAAGCUCGGAGCAGAAACCUGAGUUGAAAUCUGAGACAUGUAUACCACCAGAAAAAGAGAAAAGUCAUGAAACUCCAGCACACUGUGAAAGAACCUCGAGUGGAGCUGCUGACCUGAGGAGUGAACCUCCGCUGGCCCAGGAACCGCUCAAUGAUGAAGAGGAAGAAAAACUUAUGCCUAAAAGGAAAAGAAAGAAGCUUUGCCCCUCAUCAGAUGACGAACUAGAUGAUAAUCUAGAUAUUCUGGAUUCCAAAAGAGAAACACAGAAGCCACUUUCUGAAAUUGAGCCACAAGAUUCAAAGGAAGAGAAUGCUAGAGAGCUGGAUGAAUUAUCUACAAUAAGUGCAAAGACCAGCAGCGCUGCUGCUUCCGCUGCUGCAGAUGAAAAGGAUGAAUCUAGCAGUAGUGAAGCUGCUGGAGAGAAGACGGAUCAGAAUGAAGAGGACAGCGGCAAAUCUCAGGAGGAAGGUCAACCAGUAAUUAUUAAAAGGAAGAGAGGAAGACCUCGCAAAUACCCUGUAGAGUCGGCAUUAAAAACAAAAGAAGACAGCAAAACAGAUACUGGCCUUAUAACUGUGGAGCAGUCACCUCCCGGCGGCAAGCUGAAAGUUACUCAGAACGAUGAGUCCAAUAAAGACGCAACUAACGUCCAAGAAAGGAGUACAGGCAACGACGAUGAAGAAAAGACAGUGGCGAGUGCACGUCGGCGAGGCCGCAAACCCAAACGCUCAGCUGCGAUCCUCGAUGAUGCUGAAUCCUCGGAGCCAGAGAGAAAGCGCCAGAAAUCAGUUUCUGAGACAGCCGAGGACAAAAAAGACCCGGAGUCGGAGGAGGAUGAAGAGGAGGAGGAGGAGGAGGAGCCCUCGCCCUCAGGAGCCACCACACGCUCCAGCACCAGAUCAGAGGCUCAGAGAACAAAGGCCCAGCUCUCCCCUCCCACCAAACGCAGGCGAGAAGUCAGCCCUCCAGGGGCUCGCACCCGAGGCCAGCAGAGAGUGGAAGAAGCCCCCUCGAAGAAAGCCAAGCGGUAACGGCGACGCCCAGACCAAGCUGGGGAGCGG